AGUGUAUUAUGUUUGAGUUCAGCGGAGCACGCGGGCGACUUAACUUCGUGAGAGGCAUAUGCGAUGUUUAUUAUUCACGCCAAUCCGGAUUUUGUAAAAUCGUGUCCGAAGUGUCAGAGACUGUUAGUUCGUGAUAAAUAUAAACUAUUUUGUGGUUCGAAUCCUGGUUGUGGCAGGUGGUUUUACGUGAGAUUGCCUUCGCCGAAUUUAGUGGAUUCCCUGAACCACACACGAGAAGUAGCCCCAAGGUGCUAACAGACAAUAUUUUUUAAUUCUGCGAGUGCCACUCGUGUUUGAUUGUGAUUUAGUUUGUAAAAGUGUGAAAAAAACGUGAUAUUAUGCAUAACUUAAACGUAAAUCUGGCCUCAACGGCCGUCAACUCCCAUAACUUAUUGAUGGUGGACAGUGCUUGCACUACACCACGCACUCCUGAAAUCCUCAAUUCGCUGAUAGCCAUGACAAAUCCGAUGGAUAAUUAUUCCUUCGGGAAUAACAACAUCGUGAAAACAUCGACGAAGCCUCCCACGAACAUGUCCAGUGAUUCCAACAGCUCCAGCAGUAGUCAAUUGGAGUCUCCCACGACCAAUCCGCCCAGCGUUCAACAAACAUGCUCGCAACUUAUCAAGGCUGGACUCAAACUUUCGAUCGAGCAAAAACGAAAACUUCAAAGCGACGGAGAAGAUCUCUUGGACCUCGAUAAGUGUAAACGCAUCAAGAAGAACGAGUGUAGCGAGUCGGAGGAGGACAGGAACAAGCAAGAUGGGAUGCUUAAUUGGACGUGGUACGAAAACGAUGAUUAUUCAAAAUUAACGCCUGAGGACGAAGAGCGUCGCCGACGUCGACGCGAGCGCAACAAAAUCGCCGCCACGAAAUGCCGCUUGAAGAAACGCGAAAAGACCGCCAAUCUCGUCAACGAAUCUGAAACGCUAGAAACGCAAAAUAUCGAACUAAAAACCCAACUCCAGGAGCUGCAGAACCAGAAACGCGGCCUUAUCGAGAUGCUGGAACUGCAUCGACCCCUUUGCCAGCACAACAUCUCCCCGGUGACUCGUGAGUGCAUCUAUCGAUUGCCUCCAGUGGGGUCGGUCAUCGAGACCCAUUCCUACAGUCGGCCGGCCUCCGUGGACCCCAACUUCAGGACGCAGAACAUGGAGGUGUACAGCAGGCCCGCCAGUGUAGGGGUCACCAAUAACAUCACCUACCGUCGCCCCAAUAUGAACUUCAAAGCCGAGAGUAUCGUCGUCGAGGAGGUGAACGAGGCCUACCCCCAGUUGACCAACCUGGACAACAUUUCUUACCAUUAUAAUAGCCAGUGUCAUAACUACCCCUCUCAGAAUUAUACAGCGUCGGGAAUGGACAACGGAUGCAUGGCUUAGUCCCUUUCCACCGAUUUCCUGUAUUUUACUAGUGUGAAUAUUUUUAUACUUAUGCAUAUGAUGGGAAUUUCGUUAUGUUGCAAGCCUGAAAGAGCGAAAUUCGAUGGCAGUAAACCUCCGUCCACUCAUGCCCUAUUUCAUUCAGUGGCCUAGUGGUGAAAUAACAAAUAAAAACAAUUUAUUUCAAAUAUUAUCAUUGGAAAGAACAGAUGUAAUUUGUAAUUACAAACUUUCAGUAUUUUCUUCUUACAGCUUUCAAUUAUAUUAAAAAUAUCUUUGCGUGUAAGUCACUACGCCUCUGAUGUGAUUAAAAACGGGAAAUGAGGUUGGGUAAUUUAAGUAAAAUUGCUUCCACUUUAUAGCCAAUAGAAUUUAAAUGUGUAUCGUGUGUGGCCAUCGAUCCAAGGGCUGCCGAACAUAACUGCAAGUUCUCUUGUUAUUGUUAAGUGUCACCUCAUUUGUUACCAGAUCUGAAGAAAAGCUACCAAUGUUGAGAGUUUAUAUUGAUUGUUAAAAAUAUUUUAAUGUUGGUUUACAAUUUUCUUAUCAUUCCAGUGGAUAGAACUAGUAUUUCUUACUUCAUAUUAUUUAUUAUAUUUUUGUAUAUUACUGCCAAAUUUUUACCUAUUUUAUUGCGUGUUGAAAAUAUUUAAUAUUGUUUUUAUUACAUAUUUUUCUAUUUUACUUUUUAGGUAUUUAGUCGUAAAAUCGUUUCUUGUACCUUUUAUUUCCAUUUACCUCUAUUAGAUUAGAGAAAUUACGCAAAAGCAACGUACGAGUGUUUCACCCCCCAAUACGUUACUUUUGUCUGGAUGAAAUAAUCUUGAACACAUAUUUUUAGUUACUUAGGCAAUUUAUUUGCAUAAAUUUGCUUUAAGAACAUUGCUUUAUUCACACAUUUAACAAACUUCAAGUUAGAUUUUCUAGUGCUUUUUGUAUUAUUUUAAACAGUGCCUUAUUGUUACAUCCAGAAACAAUAAAGUGGCAUGUGUUUUUUAUUAUUAAAAGACAAAUUUAAAAGUGAAAUUGUGAUAUUGAUGUUGCGUCAUUUAACUAAAUUCUAAUUCAAAUCAAAAGCAAACAUGUGCCAUCUCACGAGCUUUUUCUAAGCUUUUUAUAUUUCAAACAGAAUUUCGAAGGUUUUACACGUCUCUAAUACUUUGUAUCUUAUUUUCAUUCAACUGAUAUUAAAAUUUUGGUGCAAACUAUUUACCUAUGCGUUACCUGUACUUGUAAUGAAACGGGUAAAGUUUUAAUAUAUUUUUUGAAACUGUGCCUUAAUCUGUGAAUUGAAAAUAAAACCAUGAUAUUAUCCAA